AUGGUGGAGUUGGCGGCUGAGCUGGAAGGCGAACAAGGAUGCCCCAUAGGGGCAUCUGAACCGAAUGUGGCCGGGGCCAAUGGCGAAGAGUGGCUGGUUCAGCGGCCCAGCGGUGGAGGUGGCUACGCGGGGAAGAAGUUCAACGGCGAGGCAGCGCUGGGCGCGGAGACGGCCGGUGUCUAUGGCGAGGAGGACGUCGAGCACGAGGAGACCGAUGAUCCAGGGGAUGAGAGCCUGGAUGGGGAUUGCCCCAUGGAGUUGGUGGAGGCGGAACGAGAGGCAUAUGCCAUGCAUUACAAGGCAAAACAACGCAUGGCUGAGGUGAAGAAGAUGCGCCAAUACUACAAGAAGGAGGGCAACAAUGAAGAGAGACGCAAGGCGCUGGCUGAGAAGAUCCGAACUACGGCUUGCCACAAUUGUGGGGAAAUUGGCCAUUGGAGCAAGGAAUGUCCCAAAGCAGGACGAGCUCACCCUGCUUGUGUGGCGACGAAGGCAAUGAGGCAGAAAGGGUACGGCAAGAAGGUGGCUUCGUCGCUGGAGGGCAUUCCAGAACAAUCCAUGGGCCAAAUGGACCAUGAGUGGGAUCUUUUGGUGUCACUUUGCUCAUCUAAUUUGGAUGAGAACGUUGCAGCGGUGACCGCACGAGCAUACAUGGCUGGUCCGUGUGGGUUGAGUCAUUGGGAUGAGGAGGCGCAUGAGGUGAUGUGGUGUGUUCAGGAACUUCAGAGUGCGGUCAUUUUGGAUCUAGGAUGUCUCAAGUCGGUAGCGGGCACCAAGUGGAUCAAUCAGUUGUUGCCAAGGUGGAGCAAGGAGCAUAGGAAGAUUUUGGUUCAAGAUCACCCAGCCGCGGCGACCGGGAAGCUCAUGUCAGCGGCGGGAUCGCAGCCGAAGCAUCGUUGCCGGAUAUGCGGCGAUCCAGGUCACCGCGGACGGGAUUGCCCCUACAUCCAGAGCGAAGAGGACCUGCCCCAACAUCUUCUGGACGCAGUGGAGAUGGAUGCAGCGAGCGAAGUGAGUCGUCCGCGCAAGGGAGCACACCCAGGCCUUCGAGACGAGGCGAUGGCCCCGCCGUUGGAGUACGCCACGCCCAAGCGACGGGCCUAUCCGGGCAUGCGACAAGUGGAGAGCCCUUGGGAGGCAGUGGGAACCCCUAUGUGGAUGGGCGAGCCUGGAGCAGUGCGAGUGGAUCCACAACACUACAACCUCGCGGAGGGCGACAUGAUGGCGGGCUUGCUGACAGAGGCGGAGAAGAAGAUGAUCGCGAAGAGUCGUGCCAAGAAAGGACACGCGGCAGCCAAGAAGAAGGAGCAGGCAGCGCUGACGGGCAUCCAGGAGCCGGAUGAUCACCUUCCAGUGGAAGAAGCUGUUCUGGCAAUGCCGAGUCCGACAAGCUCUGGCGGAGACGUACCCGCAGGCACGAUGGAAGAGGAAUCCGAGGUGGUUGGCAAUGCUCCUGGGCAAGGAGGUGGCAGCGUUAUGGGGACACCUGGGAGCUAUGCGCCAACGACUCCAUGCUCCGAUGGCAGUGGCGCUGAUGUGAGAAGGGCAGAAGAUGCAGCGGAGUACAGCCCCGACAUCUGGCGGCUGUUGACGGGUUCACUGACACCUACAUCCGGGACAUUGCAGAGGCGCCAUGCUUACUAUGAGGAGAAUAUGGAGGAGGAGACUACUACAACCGACCCGACAGAGCGAGGUGAAGAUGGAUGGCAAGAAGAUUGGUCGAGUGGGGGUUCCUCGAAGCCGAGAUCGCGAGCAGAGCCAGAUCCUGAGGAGUCACCGAACAAAGGGACGAGACCGUCCCGAGGCUUGACGCAAAUGUUCAAGAAAUCGGUGGCGUCGGCGCUUGCAGUCAUGGACAAGUUGAGAGCGGUGGCAACAUGGAGGACGGACUACACGGUCUUGGAGCUCUUCGCAGGAUCAGCGACUCUAUCACGGAGGGCGAGGCAACGAUCGGGAUGGACAGCCUAUGAGCCUGUGGAUGUCAUCUACGGCGCCGAGCACGACCUGCGGGACAACAAGAACGCCCAGCGGAUCUUGGACGUGAUUGAGGGCUUUGAGCCGGAUUUGGUGGUGAUCACGCCUCCUUGCGGACCAUGGUGCGCCUGGCAGCGCAUGCGCACUGACUUUGAGGCCCUAGAUGAACUUCGACGGCAACAUCUACCAUUUUGGAGAUUGGCCCGCAAGGUAUGGGACAAGCAGACCAAAGGAGGCCGGCUGGCGUUGACGGAACAGCCAGAACAAUCAGAGGCUUUGGAGACAAGCUACAUGGCCGGACGUGAGGAGGUGUAUCGGGUGGUGUUGGAUCAAUGCGAGUUUGGUCUACGUGAUCCGGUAUCGCACAAGCUCUACAAGAAGGCCACGGCAUUGGAUGUCAACGAGGAGCAGUUUGCCAAGGAGCUUGCAAGGGUGAACAGGUGUACCCAUCAACCAGAACAACAUGAGCAGAUUCGAGGCAGCGUUUUCUGGAAGGGCAAAUGGCGGCGCCGAUCCACUCUGGCGGCGGCUUGGACUCCCAGAUUGGCGGACCACAUCCUGGAGGCUGCCGAGAAGUCUUGGCGGGGUGCAAUCAGUGCAUGUGUGGCUACGAGGCGGUUGGCGGAACCACAGGUGGGGUCGGAAUGGUUGGCCUUUCCCGUGGAACCAGAGGCGGGAGUCUUGACGCCAGAGGAGGUGUUGCGGCGUCAGCUCAAUCAGAUGGGAGCUGCCGGAGAUCGCUACGACUAUGUAGUCAUCUUUGAGGGCGAAGCCAGGGGACUUCCCCGGAGGGUAAGGACAACAUUGGCUCACUUGCAUGUGGUUCUGGGGCACCUCUCCAACGAUCGAUUGGCCAGGAUGCUGAGUUUGGCGGGUGGCAACAAGGACUUGCUGAUGGGGGCGAGACUUCUACGAUGCCAAGUUUGCAGCAUGGUGCGGCCCCCGGACAACAAGCCACAGGUGAGCUAUCAGAAGCCGACCAACUUCAACCAGAGGGUGUCCGCGGAUUGCUUCCACGUGUGGGAUCAUGCGGGGGUGCAAUACACCGUCUUUCACAUGAUCGAUGAGCUGACGGACUACGAGAUUGGGGAGCUCGAGUUUGACCCAGGCUCAGGAUGGAUUUCGGAGGUCAUGAGAGAAAGGUGGUAUGGAGCCUUCGGUCCACCCGAUGAGUUGGUCACUGAUGGCGGCAAGGAGUUUUGUGGGUCAGUGCAGAGGUUGAAUGACCUGUUUGCAGUGCGCCAUGAUGUAGUUCCAGACCAGGCCAAGUGGCGCAUGGGACAUGUGGAGCGACAUGGAGCGAUCUUGAAGCUGAUGCUGAUGCGCAUGGUGGCCGAGCUCAAGCUGGACAAGUUGGGAGAGAUGCAAGGGGCAGUGACAGCGGCAGUGGCUUCGAAGAAUCGCAUUGUGGGCGCCAGUGGAGUGAGUCCCAUACAAGCGGUGACAGGGAGAAGCACACCAAUACCAUCUUCCCUGUUGGCGCAACUGGUGUCUGGACACGUGAAGUUCAAGAUCAAUGAGGAUUUGGAGAAGGACGAAGCACUUCGUCGAGCAGAGAGGAUCAGGGCGAGCGCUGUCGAAGCAUGUCAUUGGAUCGAUGCACAUGAAGGUCUACGACGAGCUCUCAACGCCAAGUCCAAGCCUCCGAGGUUGGAGCUUCUGAGAGAAGGGACAAUCGUCUACUGCUAUGACCCGCCCACGAAUCGUCGAGGUUUAGCCAGACGAUUACAAGACAACUCUUCCUGGUCGGGCCCGGCAGUGGUGGUCUGUGUGGAGCGUGGCGAGGGUGCACCGAAGCGAGUCUGGGUGAGGAUCAAGACCCGGGUGAAGUGCUACCCGCUGGAGAAGCUCAGGCUGGCGACUUGUGAUGAGAUGGUCUCUGCCGAGUUCAUCGCCGGGGCGCUCAAGGACGUUCAGGAGGAGCUCAACAAGGGGCUCAUCAAGGUGGUCGAGAACAAGGAGGCGAAGGGUGCAGAGGCGCUUCAACCAGUGGCCGAGGACGGAGAAGGUGAUCCACCGGAGGCCAAGAUGGAGGGACAGGAGUCAAGCUCUUCAUCGGGGAGUUCAUCGACGUCAACGGCCGAGGAUAUCCGGAGAGAAAGAGAAGCGAAGCGCAAGGAACUCUUGUCAGAUGUGCCAGUGGCAAUGCGCAAGCACCAGAAGAAGAAGAAGGACCCACACGAGAUGACCUUUGACAACAAGAAACGACUCUUCGAGAACCUGGCCAAGGAGUUCCAAGCUCCUUCAACUCUUCAGGAGGCAAAGGUGCGUGCGAAAAUGGAGCAGGCUUUUGACCAAUUGAAGAAAGUGCGCAAGAACUAUCGCAAGGGAGACAAAGAGCAGGCCAGGGCAGCAUCAUCGGCAGGGACGCAGCGAAGGACGAGAGCGGCCUUCGUGGUGAUGCCAGAGGAGUUGGCGGCUGAAGUGGGAGGCGACGAAGGAGUCGCGGCGCUGUGGAAUGAGGUCGAGGCGCAUGCUGAGUUUUGGAACGAUGAGGAGGGCCAGGAGGAAGGACGUAACUAUGUGCAGGACCUCAUGGACAUGGCGGAGAAGGAUGCGUCGGGAUGUGCCAAGGCGGCGUAUGAGGCGAAGCUCGUCACAGGGAAGCAGAGGCUUGAGUAUAAGUGGUCGAGCUUGUCGCCGGAGUGGCAAUCAGCUUUCAAAGAGCCCAUCCUCAAGGCGGUGAAGGUCUAUUUUGAUCAUCAGGCCAUUUCCGGAGUGGCCAAAGACACGGUGGUCGAUCCGCGGAAGGUGCUCACAUCGCGGUUCGUGCUUACCAACAAAGGCCAGGAGAACUUGGAUCAAGCGGAACUCAAGGGGCGAUGGAUCUUUGGAGGGCAUCGAGAUUCCGAACUGGGAGCAUAUCCGACGAUGGCCCCGACGGCGAGCUUACUGGCACACAAUUUGCUGAACUUUAUAGCGGUGCAGUAUGGGUGGGAGGUGCAGUAUGAGGACGUGUCGGCGGCUUUUCUUCAAGGGAAGAAACUUCCACCAGGACGCGAAGUGUACGUGAAGAUCCCUUUUGGCUAUCCCAUGUACGUGAACCUCUUCAUCAAGGAGACAGUGGGUGAAGAUUGUCGCGACGAUCUGCUGAAGUUGGAGAAGGGAGGCUUUGGUUUGAGCGAGAGCCCAAGGCUUUGGUACAUGGAAUACAAGGGGACACUGAAGGACAUUGGGGUGGAGGAGAUGAAGCUGGUGCCCGGCAUGUUCAGAGCCUUCCAUCCAGACGGUCGUCUUCGAGCAGUUGUGUGCAUCCAUGUCGAUGACACCAGGUACACUGGGGAUGAGACAUCACAUCUCAUCUGGGAGGAGCUUCAUCAACGUCUGAAAUUCGGUCAGCAUCGGAAGGCGACCGAAGGAAGGACGAAGUUCUGUGGGCGAUUUGAGGAGCAGGACCCACAGACCCGCGAGUUUGUCUACAGCAUGGAGGACUACAUCAAGAAGAUCCCCAACGUGAUGGAGUAUGUCGGGAACAAGGAGGAUAAGCUCACGGACGCGGAAAGAUUGGGACUGAGCUCCGUCCUGGGACAGCUCAAUUGGGCUGCACGACAGGGUCGGUAUGAUCUCAGCUAUGGCGUAUCACACUGCCAGCAGAUGGUGGGGCUUGGGACAAAGGAGGCGAUCGAUUGGACACGCAAGUUGUGGAAGCGUGCCCAGGCAAAGGUGGAGAUGAAGGUGCCCAAGCUGGGGUGCGCCGUGGAGGACUUGGUGGUCAUUUCAGCGAGUGAUGCGGCAUUCGCCGCACAACCAAAAGGCGGAUCUCAAGGAGGAGUCACAUGCCUUCUGGCGAACCCGGACAUCUUGAAGGGUGACGCGCCGGCCGCCAUCGUGGAAGCCCAGAGUAUGAAGAUCCAGAGGAUCGUCCGAUGCUCGAUGAGUGCCGAGCUAUCGAUGGCCGCGGAAGCGUACGAGCAUGGGGACUACAUCAGAGCCGUCAUCGCGGAGCUCACCAACCAUCGCUUUGAGUUGCGGAGGUGGAAAUGGUACGCCAGCAGGUGGCGUCACUAUUUGGUGAUCGACGCGAAGACGGGCUACGACGUCCUCAACUCCGAGUGCAUGACAUCGGACCGGAAGAUCAUGAUAGAUGCUUCGGUGCUACGCGAAGCACUCAUGGAAGAGGGGACGGAGAACUAUGUCAGAUGGAUCCCCGGCAAGGAGAUGGUGAGCGACGGCCUGACGAAGUGGUUGGACAACCACAUCCUCGUGGAGGUGAUGACUCGAGGGCAGUGGCGGUUGGUGGACACGCCCGAAGCGAAGCAGGCCCGUGCAGAUGCAGCGGACCGCAAACGCAAGUAUGUACAGAAGCGCAAACAGGUGACAAAUCCAUAG